UGAACAACCGUGGCGGAUCUCUCAACGCUCUCCUUCUCCUUCUCCUCCUCCUCCUCCUCAAAGCACCUCCUCCCCCACUGUGAUGCGAACGAAGAACCCUACCAAACCCUACCCACGAUUCCCAUCCUCUCCCGUUAAUCCCUCCUCCCUCAUCUCUCCCACCUCCUCCAUUAGAACUCUCUCUCCAUGGAGCUCUACUUCACCAACCUCUGCAAUUGGUCCUCGGAGCACGCCACUCGGUUCCAGGUAACUUCUCUGUCCUUUUCUUCUUCUUCGGCCAAAAAGAUCGAACCUUUUCUGGGGUUCGAUCCCUUCUUGUUGAGGAAAAAGCUUCCCUUUUGGGGUGGUGUCAAGUGUUGCUCCUCCUCCUCCUCUUUGGAGCGAGGCCUCAAGCCGAAGCCCAUGCCCAGAAUCAAGCCAAUUGUUGAAACCCCAGAGCCAAAAUCGGAUUUUGAUGAUGCCCAUUCGGGGAAAACGGGAUCUUCGUCUCUCUGUGAUCAGAUUGAGAAGUGGGUCUUCUUCGGGAGGUACGAAGAAGCCCUCGAAUUGUUCGAAUUCUUGCGGUGUAAGAGUAAUAUAGUAGUUGGUUCCAGCACGUAUGAUUCGUUGGUGAAUGCGUGCAUCGGUUUGGGAUCGAUCCGAGCGGCGAAGAUGGUGUUCCGCCACAUGCUCGACACUGAUUUUGAGUUCGAUCAGUAUAUGCGGAAUCGGAUCCUGCAGAUGCAUUUGAAAUGCGGCAUGCUCGUCGACGCCCGCCGCUUGUUUGACGAAAUGCCCGAGAGAAGCGCGGUGUCGUGGACCACCAUGAUCACGGGGCUCAUCGACGCCGGCUCAUACGAGGAGGCGUUCGAGCUCUUCCUGCUGACGUGGCAGGAGCAGCUGGAUGCUGGGCCCCGCAUGUUUGCCACUGUUGUUCGCGCAGCGGCGGGUGUAGGCUCUGUUUCUGCUGGCCGGCAGUUGCAUACCUGUGUUGCGAAGAUGGGUUUGUAUGGAAAUGUCUUUAUAUCUUGUGCUCUUAUUGAUAUGUAUAGUAAGUGUGGGUGCAUUGAAGAGGCUCAGUGGGUGUUCGACGAGAUGCCGGAAAAGACCGUCGUUGGAUGGAACAGUAUAAUAGCAGGGUAUGCCCUUCACGGAUACAGUGAGAGAGCCUUAGAGUUGUACUAUGAGAUGCAGAGUUCUAAUGUAAAGAUGGAUCACUUCACUUACUCGAUUGUAGUUAGGAUUUGUGCGCGAUUAGGAUCACUGGAACACGCAAAACAAGCUCAUGCAGGUCUAGUCAGGAACGGUUUUGGGUUUGAUGUUGUGGCUAACACCGCCCUUGUGGAUUUGUAUUGCAAGUGGGGUCGGAUGGACGACGCGAGGAAUGUGUUUGAGAAAAUGCCUAAAAAGAAUGUUAUAUCUUGGAAUGCUCUAAUUGGAGGGUAUGGAAACCAUGGAAUGGGAGAUGAGGCUAUUAAGAUAUACGAGAGGAUGGUCAAAGAGGGAAUGGUUCCUAACCAUGUGACCUUUCUUGCUGUUUUGCAUGCAUGUAGUUACUCUGGUUUGUUAGAGAAAGGGAGGGAGAUUUUUGAACUGAUGGGUCGAGAUCCAAAAACAAAACCUAGGGCAAUGCACUAUGCAUGUAUAAUCGAUCUUUUGGGUCGAGAAGGGCUUUUGGAUGAAGCUUUUUCGAUGAUAAAGAACGCUCCUUUUAGGCCCACUGCAAACAUGUGGGCGGCAUUGCUUACUGCUUGUAGGAUUCACAAGAACUCCGAGCUCGGGAAAUUCGCUGCUGAAAAGCUUUUCGGAAUGGAACCCGAGAAAUUAAAUAAUUAUAUUGUGCUUCUAAAUAUUUACAGCAGUUCGAAUAGGAUGGAGGAUGCAGCGACGGUGUUGGAAACCUUAAAAAGGAAGGGCUUGAGAUUGCUUCCUGCUUGUAGUUGGAUUGAGGUCAGGAAAAAACCUUUUGGCUUUCUCUUUGGGGAUAAGUCUCACCCACAAAGUGUGGAAAUAUAUAGGAGGUUAGAUGAAUUAAUGGAAGAGAUAAAACAAAUUGGGUAUGUUUCUGAUGAAAAAACUUUGCUUCCUGAUGUGGGCGAGAAUGAACAGCGACUGUCAAAGCACCAUAGUGAGAAGUUAGCGAUUGCUUUUGGACUGAUAAACACCCCUGCUUCCACACCCCUGCAAAUUGCGCAGGGCCAUCGAUUAUGUAGUGAUUGCCAUAAUGUGAUUAAGCUCGCCACAAUUGUUACCAAAAGGGAGAUUGUGGUUAGGGACGCAAGCCGAUUUCACCACUUUAGACAUGGGACUUGUUCCUGUGGGGAUUAUUGGUGACUGUAGAUUUCGGAAUUCUUAGUUAAAUGAUCAUACAAGGUUAACUUCUCCAAUUCAUGUUAAUUUCGAGGUAUUUAGCAGUCUAAUCUACUUACAAUAUAUAUGUAUUUUUUUACAAUGAAAUAAUAGCUGAAUGAGCCUUUGUUGUUAAGGAUGUAUCAAAUUACUUUUCUUUCAAAUAUGUAAUUUGUAUA